AUGGCGCCCCAAAGCAGAGGUCGAGCAGUCUCCUUGUCCCUUCAGAGCUUCGAUCUGGCGCAACCCGUCACACCAGCCGAAGAGACACCUCGAGCCCUUGGAAUGGACCACGCAUUCGCGAGCUCUUCCUCAUCAGCGUACGGAGACGAGGAGAAAGACGAAGAGGAUGAAGAGGAGGAAGAAGAUAGCGGCACCCAGUCCCAAUACACGCUCGAUGAUGCGUCUUCAGAUGAGUCGUCGGGCGCCGAGUCAGGCAAUGGUGCAGGAGGCCCGGGACACCCACCAUUUCUCCACCACUCCAAUUCUUCCUUCCUCAUGUCUAAUGCCUUUGCUCCGCCGUACUAUAACAGACCGCCCACUCCCCUGCCUGCCUCGCCUUCUUUGACGUCACUUCUUCGGCCUCCCUUCUCUACAACGACCUCGCGUCCUACGACCCCAGACAGCUCGGAGAACGAUACGCCCAAUGACACGGAAGCGGCUGUUGCCAAGUCGGCUCGCAUUGCUACAACGGUGCCUAGAGCAAGUCCAAAGGUUCCUACGUACGAAUACUACGGCUUCGUGCUGUACCUGCUCUCUUCUCUUGCUUUCCUAAUGUACCUCCUCUGGUCUUACCUACCCUCACCCUUCCUUCACCAACUUGGUAUCUACUACUACCCGAACCGCUGGUGGUCUCUUGCCAUACCCUCUUUCCUCGUCAUGACUCUCGUCUACAUUUACGUCGCAUUAGCCUCCUACAACACUGGCUAUCUGACUCUGCCCAUGAGUAGUAUAGAGAACAUCGUCGACGACGCGGCGCACGUUGCGGUACUAGACAGCCACGGGCUGAUACAGAGGAAGGCUGGGCAGGCUGGAGCUGCGAUAGGCAUCAACGAUGCGAAAGAGGUUGAUUGGGGAACACUAUGGAAUGAGGGUACGGACGCCGUCAUGGAUGUGCCUGUUGGUGGGGUCUGUGAGAUACUAUAUGGGUAG